UGAGUAUAAAAAUGGCGCUUUGACCGUGAAAUUGACGGUCGACCAGAUCGUCUAUGUUGAUUUGUGAGAAGUUCACCAAUAUUCUGGCGGGUUGAGAAGUAAUUGGACAAUUCUGCAGGAUCGUCACACUACACUCCACGCCUGUUCAUAGGCAAUGGACCCUGUUAUCAACACCAGUGAUGUUCUGGCAUCAUCACUGGACAGUCUAGCAACUUCCAUUGCCUGUGGCUCCACAAGCAUGCUGGAGGACACUGUGGCCAGCUCCCUGAUGCUGACCAGUCAUGGAGUGGCGUCGUCCUUGGGCAUCCCCCAGGCCAACCUGGGACUAAGUGGCAUGGAGGAGGAGCGUGAGGCAGAGGACCUGCCUAUUGGGGCGGGCCGGAUGGAGCCCCCCUUCCCAGGAUGCGAGGGCGACCUGGACAACCAGUCCAUGGUGGGCGGCGAUGAGACGGACUCACCAGACAUGAGCAACUUGGGCCUGCCUCCGUCAAGCCUGGUAGUAGUCAACCUCCCCAACACCAGUCAGACCUCACUGGCCACGGCCACGCUUAUGCCCAUCCUGGUGCUGAGCACCAGCAACGGGAUGCAGAAGGGAGGUGGGAUGGACUCUUCGCUGAUCCUGGACAGGCCUCAGCAGGACUUCAGACAGUUGUUGAGACUGCGAGACCUGGCACAUGCCAAUCUCAUCUGUGCCACACAGGAGAGCAUUGCGAAAUCAUUUGGGGUUACCAACCAAGCUCCAGAUGAGAAACACUUGAAGUGUGAGGAAUGCGGUCGCAGCUUCAAAUCCUCCAGCCACUACAGGUACCACUGUGAGACCCACAAGGGGAACAAAGUGCUCAAGUGCCCUGUGGAAGGGUGUAACAAGCGCUUCGCCUGGCCGGCCCACCUCAAGUAUCAUACCAGAACACAUGCCAAUGACCGUCCCUACAGGUGCGACAUGGAUGGCUGCGACAAAACCUUCUACACGCUACAGAGCCUGCAUGUCCACAUGCGCACUCACACCGGCCACAGGCCAUUCAAGUGCACUGAGGAGGAUUGUGGGAAGAGCUUCACGACAGCUGGCAACCUCAAGAACCACUUACGAACGCACACAGGAGAGAAGCCAUUCAUAUGUGAUCAUGAUGGAUGUAUCCAGAGCUUUGCUGAGCAUUCAAGCCUCCGCAAACACAAACGUGUCCAUACAGGAGCCAAACCAUAUGAAUGCGAAAUCUGCUUCAAGGUCUUCUCACAGAGCGGGAGUCGGAACACUCACAAGAGGAAGCAUCACAGCCUCUCCAAGAUGCAGGCCGCAGCAAGCGGCAGAAAUGCCAAGGUGCUGGGGAGGACCAAGGAGGAAGAGGAGGAAGAGCGUACUGAGAGGCAGGAGCAGGGGGGAACAUUAGGCAACCACGGCGUGCUGACAGAUGGUCAGAGCGCAAAUCAACAUGAGAUAGGUCUUGCAGAAAUAACCUUGCCAAACCCGGAGCACGUCAACUCAUCCCUACAGACCAUGACCACGGUGGGAGUGGCCGAUACAGACAUGAAUAUAUCCUCUCACACCUCAAUGGCAGAGCAUGACGGAAUCUCAUUGGCUCAUUCCAUGCUUGGAGGUGUAACCUUGACCAACCAUCAACAAGCCCAAGGGACAGGUCACUCCAUACAGACUGAGGACCAAGAUAAUGACAUGUCCAUGCUGACCCAUGGCAGCAUGACCCUGUCUCAUUCAAUUCUAGAAGUCACAACAGACUUGGAUCAGGACAGCAGCUGCAAAGGCGAUUCCGGCCAGCAGUGUACCCGUUCCAACCCUGGCAAUGUAGUGGUCCUCGCAGAGCCAAACCACACCCAUGACCCCACCCACGACCACGCCCUGGGCAUGAUGUCCGACCCGGGCCAAUUUACCGUCAGCCACCAGCCAUCGGCUGCCGAGGACAUGGUCUACAACAAUGCCAUGUUGCAGUCGGCAGCCAGUAUGGUAGAUCAGGAUCACGGGGAGCAUGAUGUGGAUAUCCCUGUAUCAGCAAUAGAGGUCAAUGAUCACCAUCAUCACCACCAUGACCUCCAGGAAGGUGAUAUUGUCAUCACAUGGCGAUCAUGUAACAGUGACAGUGAUUUAAGCAUUUGAGUUUAAGCUUGGAAAGCCAAACUUAUUUCACUCAGAAUUCUGUCUUGUGGGAAUGUCUGUUAAUUGUACUCAGUAGAGAACUGUAGUCAUCGCUCGUUUGGUGUAUAUUUAAUGGACAUAUUACUUUUCUAAGUAGGACUUGUCCAAAUGUUGUGUCAUUCACCAUUACCACCUUUACCCUAGAGAUAGUGAUAUUUUCCGUAUAAUGAGAGGAUUUGCUUGUCUUGAUUGAAGGCUGAUAUGGCAGAAAAAACAAAAAUGAAAAGUCAGUGUCUUUUGUGACCAGAUCAGUGAGGAAGAGUCUCUUAAGUUGGUUACCCAAUUUGGGAGUGAAUAUGUGGAAGAGUACAGCCUGAUUAUGCAGCAUUUAUAAUAAACCAUCCAGUUGGGUGAUCUGAUUGGAGGAAAUAUGUCACAGAAGAUACCGGUAUACACUGCACCUUCUCCUUUUCUUGGUGCAAGAUUGUAAUGUUAUAAAAGUAACUGAAAUGCAGUGAAGCAAUGUGCAAUUUUCAGUAAUACAGGAAACUUUAAAUGUAGCAUUUAGAGUUAUACUUCCCUACUAUCAAGUGUUGACGUACAAAUUGCCAUUCAUCUUCUAGCCCCAGUCAUCAAGUUAUUUUUCUGUCGUCUACAAUACUCAUUCAACACAAAUAUAACGUGCACAAUCCUGUUUCAGAUGUACUUUUCACAAUGUUAAAUUACAGUUCAUUGCGUUCGCAAGCACAGAUUUACUUGCCAUUUGUGAAUGAAUCAUGCAAGCACAGACCACACGUGCCAGAUUUAUUUCCUGUGCCAACCACAUGCCAAUAUUGGAGAAUUCAUCAUAUUGAUGCCUGUGUACUGUCAAGUCUUGUUAAAACAAAGUUACAGGGACCGGACAACUUGCUUUGUUACAACCAGAGCUUUGUUUUGACAGGAUUGGAAAAUAAAAGAAAAACAAAUUCAAGAAACUGGGAUUCUCAGAAUUUGGUCUUUAUAACAGUGUUUUGUUAUAAAAGUGUUCUUUAUAUACCAAGUCGACCAAACAAGUUUAGGCUUUGCUGUGUAGGACAAAUUUUAUCUAUAGUCCCCCCCCCAACAAAUAAAAUGCUUGUUGGAGUAUUUGUGGAGUUAUUCUAACCACUUAAACUUGUUGACCAGUGCAGGGCAUAAGCUUGUAUACUCUAGUGGUAAGUUUGAAGGGUUUCAGAGGGUUAAGGAGUAUGGUGUAUUAAGGGGUAAUAAAUUAUAACUUUUGGUAGAAUUGUAGGUGCAGCAUUACAUCUUUUUACUUGGAGCAUAAAGGCCACUAAUGAUUGAAAUGAACUGGAACAGUUGGGACUAUGCUCUAGCUCACAAUUCGAUAGGUUUUAAUUGACUGUCUGCCAGUCCCUUGAAAGCUGACAGAAUGCUUAGUACUAAACCAGAUGAUAUUUACACUUAAUGUAUGUGAACAUUAUUGUUCCUGACAUUACAUGACACCAGCAGCUGGUGAGAAGAAUUUUAAAGGCCUACAUAUUUGCCAUGAGAAACUAUUUAAAGCCAAAGUGUUGCCUCAGGACCUUGUCCGAGUCGAGUGAAUUAAGUACCUCUCGGUGCUGAAUUGGCUACAGUUUUUGUACCUUAAAUUUCUUAAAUUUGCUGAAUUGCAAGUGUGCUGCUGCUGCUGUUACUGUAUUCAUAAAAGAAUGUUGCUUGUAACGUUUUAUUCAUGCAUUGAAGUACAAAUGUACAGUAUUUAAGCAAAAUUUAAGUGAUUGGCUCAAGGUAAAGAAGUCAAAAUUGUUGUUUAUUGGCAGAAUAAAAUAUGGAUCAUGAAAACAAUGGAAUAUA